ACCCCGACACACCCGCACAGAGAGUUUCAACUACACUGAUCUAAAGUGACCGAUCGAAGAUGUUUAGCCCAUCCCGUCACAAAACUCUUCACCCUCUUCAUCAAGCUUCCUAUCUAAAAUCAUCGUCUUCAAGCUUAAGCUCCAUGAAGCUGAAAAGCCUCAUCCACACCCUCAUAGUCUCGCGCAUAUGCCGAAUCAUUCGUGCACUGUCCAAAGUCAAAACCAUUAUCGUUGAGAUUCUCAGGGAUAACCAGUCCAUCAACUUCAACCCUCGUCACAAAAAGCAUUAUACCAGGAACAAGAAGAUCAUCCUGGGAUCCUUCAGGCUUCAUUACAACUGGUGUUCUUCUAAAUCUUCCCAUGUCUUGCCAGUCCCCACCCAUAUUUUCCAAGAGCUGCCUUCAUCGGCAGCCGCAAACUCUUACUAUGAUUCCAGUUGGAAUGUUUCGUGCGAGCAACAAUUACAAGGUGAUGGUGAGGAAUGUCCUGACUCCCAGCUCGCAGGUUACCUUCAGUGGCUGGAGGAUAAGGGUACGGAAGAAGAAUCGAAACGGGAGAUUAACGAGAUUGACGUGCUAGCAGAAAUGUUUAUUGCGAACUGCCACGAGAAGUUUAAGUUGGAAAAGCAGGAGUCUGAUCGGAGGUUUCAGGAAAUGUUGGCCAGGAGCAUGUAAAAUAACAAAGCAAGCCCAGUUAUGGUGAAGUUUGAUCCAUCGUAUUCAGGGGCUUUUGAAUUAAUGACCGUCAUAUUUUCUUUUCCUCUUUCUUUUGUUGUAACUUUUCAAAAAGAAAGAACUGAUAUAUGUGCGCGGAAUUGGAAUUAAUGUGGGAUUCUUCUUUUCACGUAUAGGCAUUUCCGUGGUGGUUUUCUUUUCUAA